CUGAGCCUUUGAUAUAUGGCCUCUCCUAGCAGCUGUCGAUGCGCUUACAAAUUUAGUCAUCUCGCUUUCCUGAAUUAUUAUCGGAAAGGGGGACUUUCCUGCUGAUCUGGCGACGGAAGCUUUUCUUCGAGAAAUCUAUUCAAGUUGCGCUUUGAAUAAAGCUUUAAAAAUCUAGAAUCACCGGCAAUUUUGUCGCAUUCACACAUUCGAAGUUGCAUUAUUCAUGUCCACGGAGUUUUAGGAGCAGGGCGAUAUAUUUUUGAAAACCUUGAUGAAUUAGUAACCCUUUUUAUUGAUUGAACUAAAAUUAAAAUAAAAUCAUUUUAUCAGCUUUUUCGCAGUACAGUACCUUCAGUCGUGUCAAGAAUUGUUGCUUUAACGCAACGAGUUUGUACAUGGCUGGUUACCCGUCUCUUCUGGAUUGGCGAAAGAUUGACUGAAUGCCCUAUGGUUUUAAUUUGUGAGCAUAUUGAAAAAAUGAAUUUUUCUAUGGCUUUAAACAACUUUCUCCACGUUUUUGACUUGAAGGACCCUUCUUCCACGAGUUACUUACUAUACGUUUGAAUAAAUUUCUGUGACGGAGUUCCGGAUGCCAAGCUGAUGCAGAUAUUCUAGAGAAUUAUAUUUUAUACCGAAUUCGUCCGCGUUGAGGCCGAGAUACGAGUUGAUGCCAUUUUUUAUUUUUUCAUGAAGUUAAUGCGAAAAGGAACUCUUCAGGUCUACGUUGAAAAACACUACACUGAACAUUUAUAGACACUGGAGAGUGCUUUGGGGAGAAUUAUCCGUUUUAAUACUCUGUAUUUAAAAGUGUUUUAAUUUUGAAACUACAGUUUUACUGCGUAUUUGUUUAAGCCUUGUGAGAAAUUCAUGAUAAAUAUUGACCAUGUGCGUAAAAUUAUGAGGAUUAUCGUCGUAUCGUCGAUUACAGAACAGCAAAUAUGUGUGCAAACACCCCUUGAAUUCAGAAGAAUUGAAUAUUGUAAAAAUCUUCGUGCUGUGACUGGCCAAUGUGGUGAUCAUUCACAGUACAUCAGUACUGCAAUGACUACGCUAAACCGACAAGGCGAUUGAUCCUUGGAGAUCGCUCAUUAUUCUCUGAUAACUCUAGGAGAGACGGUACUCAUACAAGUAAGAGAGGUUUUUUGCGACAUUCGAAGUUGGCAAGGCAUAUGUAAGUGGUAAAAUUUGGUGGAAAGUGGAGUAGCGAGAGCGUUUUCCCAAUUGUUCGGAAAUUCGGAAUCAUAGUAUUCAUCAAGGGUGUUCAUUAACAUUGCCACGCGAAAAUGUCAAGAGUAUAUAAAAAAGGAGGGACAAAAAAUUCUCACUCCCUUUCCAGCUCUAUGGUGUGUGCAGUGAUCUCGCAGAACAUUCUCGGGAAACGCGCCAAUCAUCAGAAAAUCCCAUGUAACUUGAGAUUUUCUAAUCUUCCCUUCCGUACUUCUCGCUGUAGAUUAAAAUGCAAUGAAAGCCCCUUGUCCGAUUAUAGAAUCGGCGUUUCGUGUUCCUGAACGUUGGAACGAAAGCCGUUUUCUCAUGAUGAAUCAGAGCUUGUUGUGGAAACUCCAUGAGCAGAAAUGCGAUGGUUGUCUCACGAUCACGCUUCCGUGCAGGAAAUCAUGAUGGAUCACGCCUUGCGAUCCAUUUCCUACAUCGCGGAUAUCGGGGACCUGGUGGUGCUGAUGGCGCGGCGGCGCAUCACGCAGGGAGGCGAAAAUGGCGAAGCUGUCGGCCCUACAAUCGCUAAAACCCCCAAGAUGAUAUGUCAUAUUUUCGAGAGCGAAGAGCUGUCAGCACAAGUUGUGUCGCGCACCCGUGGGUGUUCCGUGUCAGCGCUUUUUACCCGUUAUUUCGGGUCCCGCUGCCGCGUGUUGGGAAUGGCGUGCGGGCAUGGAAAUGCCCGGGUGACCGGCAGCUGGGCCACGAGCACAGAAAGCAGCCGGCAUUGCUAUGCAGAGAAGAAUGAGGAGUAA